AGUGUCCUCUGGCACUUUUAGAGAGUUGGCAUUAAUUACUUUUUUCCAAAACAACUGUACUAACUGCUGGCCUGUCUCAGGAGUGGCUGGAAAGCAUUUUUCAGGAAUGGGCUGUAACAAGUCUGUUACAGCCCAGAACUGAUUCUCAGGAAUGAAGACAAUUUUUCUGCUGCUCGCCCUGGGGGCUGUAGGCAUGUGUGCUGCCAAAGAGCUGUCAAACUGUACUGAAGAGGAAUGUCCACGACGCUGUUCCUGGGGCUGGAAAAGAAUGGGCCACAGGUGUAUCAGGUUUUACAAUGUUCCCCAAACAUUUUAUAGAGCUGAGAGAGCAUGUCGCCAUGCUGCCAGGAGAGGACAUUUGAUCUCAAUCCAUUCAAGGGGUCAGAAUCACAUAAUUCAAGCUGUAGUAGCAAAACGGAACUGCCGCAGACAGAGUAUUUGGAUCGGGGGGAAACGUUUCCGAGGGAGCAGGCGUUUCUAUUGGGUAGAUGGGAGCUCUUGGAAUUACAGCAGCUGGGGCUGUGGAGCGCUGAAUGAGUCCUGCAGGAAACAGACAUGUAUAAAAAUGAACUACAAAUACGGUGGGCGCUGGUCACAAAUUAGCUGUCGUGCCCGAAGACCUUAUAUGUGUGAGUACCCUCUGUACAAAGGGGAAGAGGAGACACAGGAAGGGACAGAAGAUGAGCUGGAGAUCAGCGCAGGAGUAGAGACCAAAGAAGAGGCCGGCGCAAUGUAAUGGCUAAAUAAUAGCCUGCAAUUUCCCUCACGGGAUCAAUAAAGUAUGUAUCUAUCUAAUAAUGCUAACAGAAAUGGCCAAGGACUUUCUUACACCAUCUGCUCAAAUAAAUCAAAUCGUUCUUAGGAAAUUUUCCGUAUAUGUUUCACAUCAUCAGUCUGAAGUAUUUUUUACAUUCUCCCAAAGGAAAAUGUUUUUUCAGCAGAACUCCUGGCUCUUGUUCCUCUCUGAGCCCUCAGUGUUUUAAUGUGAAUUAAUUGCAUGAUGAACUGCAGCCAGUGUCCUUUGUGGCUCAUUUUGGGACAGAUGAUUCCAAAAUACAAGCUAUUUCAGGAAACAAGUAAUAAGUCAAACAAUGUCAUUUUCUAUGGAAGAAAAAAAGUUCUUACAAAAUCUUAUACUGAAAUACUUAACAUCACAGGAUGCAGAAGGUUUCAGCUCCACUUUGGUUGUUUCACUUUUUGUUAUCAUUAUUGUGAUAUAUCAGCUAACUGCUUCAGGCAAAAAAUAAAAAUGAAAAAAAGUAAAACUGCUGCCAAUUUUGCUGCGAUCGAAAGGACAUCUGUCUGUCGAUCGGCCGCUCGCUUCUUCCUACAGUGAGAACACCUUGCACAGAGCCCAUCUUCUGUUAAAACACAGCUGUGGUAGAGACACUGUAUUCAUGUGGCAGAACACACAGUCACACUGCAGUGUCAGGAUAUCACUCUAGUUACAGGACUUGACAAGGAUGCUCCUGAUAUCCUGAUAUUCCCAAUGGAGUUCUUGUGGGGGACUUAACUGUGAUUGGCUGUCUUAGAUUUGAUCUGCAUGUGACAGAUGCCAGUUGCGCACUUGCUGGGACAAGUCUUAUUGAAGGACUGAAUUAUAAUUAGCUGUGUUAGAUUUAUCUGUUCAUGACCGAGACAGUGAUCACACUCAAGUUGCUCAACUGUUUGGUCCACAUCAGGUUUUACAGCCAGCAAGCUCUUGUUCAAACUGGAUGGAACUGAUAAUGCAAUAAAUCUUUAAAUCAUUGAAACAGA